CAGAUUUUGGAUUAAGUAAGCGUAUCGAGAGUAAUAGUGUCAAUAGCGCAUCAAAAUUAUUUGGUGUUGUUCCAUAUAUUGAUCCCAAAGGAUUUGGUAGUGAUAGAAAAAACAAAGAUUCUUCAAUUGGAAAGUUUAAAUUGAAUAAGAAAAGUGAUGUAUAUAGCGUUGGCGUAAUAUUUUGGGAGUUAUCUAGUGGAAAAAAACCUUUUGCUGAUAAUGAUUAUGAUAUACAUAUGAUCUUGGAAAUUUCUCGAGGGCUCAGAGAAGAUGUUGUAGAAGGCACGCCUAAAGAAUACUCUAAACUUUAUAAAA